AUGUCUCCGCCGGAGCAAUCUACACCUUCGUCCGGCCAGCCUGUCUUAGACGAGACGCUGUCUAGCAAACCUGAUGUUGAGGUGACGCCUGUUCAGCACCCUGCGAUAGGGAAGCCUGAUACUUCGGACAACGACGACCAUGACUCGAAAUCAGAACCCGAUACUCAAGAGGGAAAUUUGAUCGAUUUUGGCGACCAGCCGACAGACCAGUUGCAGGACGACAACGCUGACGCCGCCGCUCAGGAAGGGCCUUCAGAAACAGCUAAGGGGAAACAAGUAGCUGGUGACCAGUCAACUCCGAGCGGUGCCUCAAACACCCGCAUCUCGGCUGCAUCCAAGAUCAAGCCUAUUACAUUGCCCCCGUCAAACGAUGCCACGACUCAAUACCUCACCGCCGAACCGUCCACGUAUGUUGACCCCACGCCUGCGACCCCAACAACUUCGCAGCCACCCUCGCGAACACCUUCAAAUGCUGCACGCUCCCACAUCUCUAGAGAUACCUCUCCCUCCAAAUCAGACGCUGGAUAUGAUGAGAAACGAUAUAUAAGCGAAGAUGAGCAAGAAGGUGGCUCCCGGUCAGAGAUCCAGAGCAUUAUGCAACAGUUCAGCGAGUUUGGCGGAGGCCCUGGCGAGGAAGAAGUCAUGAGCCCUAGAUUAGAGAUUGCGUCACCUAUGCUAGGACAUCCCUCUCAGCAUCCUCCCCGAAAAUCGAGCCUAGAACCUCUUGCACCAACGUUCUCGAACCAGUUCAAGGGCUUACACAUCUCGACAAGUUCCCCUCCCGCCGAAACGUCAAAUGAAUCCGCUGUCGAGGAUUUUGGGCCACCUGUUCCUCCCAAGGAUGGUGUGCAUGGCACACCUCCACGACCAAAGGUGGAACGGACCAUGAGCGUUGCUUCGCCUAGCUCGCCAGCACAAUCCUAUCGACCUCCUCCCCCUGAGCCGGAGCCAGAACCCACCCAGCCGUUCGACUUUCAUAGAUUCCUGGAGCAGCUGCGCAACAAGAAGGCAGAUCCUGUGGCAAGAUACCUCAAGUCUUUUCUUUCGGAGUUUGGCAAGCGCCAGUGGAUGGUUCAUGAGCAGGUCAAGAUCAUUGGAGAUUUCCUAGCUUUCAUUGCCAAUAAAAUGGCAAUGUGCGAGGUCUGGAGGGAUGCAUCCGAUGCCGAGUUUGACAAUGCUCGUGAGGGAAUGGAGAAGUUGGUCAUGAACAGGCUGUACACCCAGACAUUUUCGCCCGCAAUCCAAGCUCCCAAGCCAAUCCCUGGAGCCAAACCAAAGCGCAAGGGCGGGGAUGUUCCCCUCGGCCCUGGACGACGUGGUCAACACCAGGAAGACGUUGAAAGAGACGAUAUUGUUAGGCAGAAGAUGAACAUUUAUGGUUGGGUAAGGGAAGAACAUCUAGAUAUUCCCCCGGUUGGUGAGAGUGGGCGUCGAUUCUUGAAGCUAGCCCAGCAAGAGCUUCUAAAAAUUAAGUCAUACAGGGCGCCGCGGGACAAGAUCAUAUGUGUCUUGAACUGUUGCAAAGUGAUCUUCGGUUUAUUGAAACAUAACAAGUCUGAUUCCUCAGCUGACUCCUUUAUGCCCCUUCUUAUCUACGUUGUUCUGCAAUCGAAUCCAGAGCAUCUUGUGUCUAAUGUGCAGUAUAUUCUACGCUUCAGAAACCAGGAAAAACUUGGGGGUGAAGCCGGCUAUUAUUUAUCGUCAUUGAUGGGCGCUGUGCAGUUCAUUGAAAAUAUGGAUCGAACCACUUUGACCAUCACUGACGAGGAAUUUGAGAGACAUGUUGAAGAGGCUGUCUCGGCAAUUGCUGAAAAGCAUGCUCAAUCGCCAAGAGUCACGCAGCAGCCAGUCUUCAACGAAAAGUCCGGACGUCUCUCUGGGGAGACAUCGGCUCGCCCCUCUCUUGAUGGGCCGCGCCAUUCAACUUCCAACGACGAGUAUUCAGGCGAGGAGAAGGCUGCUAUCAAUGGCCUUCUCAAGACCAUACAAAGGCCACUCUCCAGCAUAGGAAGAAUGUUCUCUGACGAGCCUGGCCCAUCUCUGGGGGCAGGAUCUAGCAGUGCACCUCGAACUCCAGCGCCGCAAGAACGUCAAGGUCUCGAGGGGCCUCUCGAACCCCAACAGCUCCCUAUCAAGCAGGUGCUAUCUGCAGAAGAGGCCGCUGCACGACAAGCCAGCGCCGAAGCAGCUGAAGCCCAGAGGCUUUCGCGUGCAGAGCAUGCAAACGUUGUCGAAACACUGGCAGGCAUGUUCCCUGAUCUGGAUAAGGAGGUGAUUAGUGAUGUGGUAUAUGAGAAAGAGGGCCGGGUCGGGUUAGCCGUCGACGCAUGUCUCGCUCUGUCAACGUGA